AUGAGGUUCAGCAACAACGGAGGGCAAGAUCCGAGGCUGUGGCUUCAGACAACAUCCCUCGUCGCACACAGGAUGAGCAAGUCGAAUCCAGCCAUAAGCUUACGGUGUGGUCCAAUGGAAUCCCAGAUGGUGCAGUAUUGCGGAAAUAAGAAGCAAAAGAAGAGCAUUGCUAGCCUCUUCACCAUAAGGCAAAAAAGAGGGGAAACAUUGCAGGAUUUCUUGUCAAGAUUCAACAUGGAAGCCUCAGAAAUAGCGGAUUAUCAUCCCGCAACUGCUAUAGAGACAUUUAAACUCGCGAUGAUUCAGGGGACGAAGUUCCACACUUCUUUAGUCAAGUAUUCUCCUUCCGACAUGCAGACUCUCAAUGCCAGGGCCCAGAUCUACAUUCGGCUUGAGGAAAAUAUAGCCCACCGAGCGCAGCACGCCACCCUCGUGACAGUGGAAAACAAGCCUCGAGAAAGAGUUCUAAUUAAAAAAAUUCAAAAGAGCCAACAUUCCUCAACGCCAAUCACCCAGGCACCUGAAAAAAGGCAAAGGGUAGAGGAAGGAUUUACACCUCUCCGAACUACCUUGGCUCGGCUCUUCCAAGAGAAUAAGGUGAAGUUCACAACUCCGCAGCCAAUAAAAUCCCUCAGGCGACAGGUGGAGAAUAUGAUCGCCAGAGGUGAGUUGACAGAUUACCUCAUGACAAUGGAGUAUGCAAAGCCCCACGAGGUUUAUCCCCGCAAAGUGGAAGGUACGCAAGUAAAAGUCAUCCAUGCAAUACAUGGAAGGUCUGAAGAUGAUCAAGAGUCCGAGGAGGUAUACAGAUCCAGAUUGAGGGCAGCCCACAAGCUCAGGAGGAUAUCCUCGGUCAAUGCUAUCGCUUUGGGUAACAUCAAUAUUGGAUUCGGAGAUGGCGACCUAUCCAGAGUUCAACUCCCCCACGAGGAUCCAUUGGUCAUCAGUCUUUUAGUGGCCAAUUGUAUGAUCCGGAGGGUUUUGAUAGAUCCAGGAAGUAGCGCCAACAUAAUCACAAAGACGGUCUUUGAGCAGCUAGAGAUCCCGUCAUCAUCUAUUCGACCUACCUCCAGCCCGUUGAUGGGGUUCGAUGGCACAAGAGUAGAUCCCCUUGGAGUAAUAGACUUGUCUGAAACCACGAUGAAGAGGACUCUGAAGGAGAACUUUAGCCCUCUGCCCAAGUAUCUUAAGGUAGAGAAGGAAGAGGAAAUUGCAAAGCCCACCGAGGAAACCCUUGAAGCCGUAGAAGUUUUCCUCGGCGACCCUCAGAAGGUUACCUAUCUAGGCUCUUCCUCCGCGUCCGAAGAAAAAGAGGCAUUAAUUGAUGUUAUCCGGAGCAAUGCAGAUGCUUUUGCGUAG